AUGCAUUGCCUGAACAAGCGCUUACCUGCACACUGUCCUGCUCCUUCACGAGCCAAUCGUGCGACAAUGGGUCUGCCAUUGCCCGACAAACUGCAAGGUCAGCUCCACGUUAAUUUUGGGCAGUCAUACACGAAUAGUAGAACGACGUAUGAUCCUCCCAUUACCGUUGAUUCCUCACACAAUGAUGGAUUCGGCAAGUAA